AUGACUCCCGAAAACGAAUUCGCCACCAUAGAGGUGCGCUCCGAGAAAGACGAUACCCAACUUCCCGCUAACAAAAAUGUCCACGAUGCGCCCUUCCCCGUCGAUACAUCCAGUCAGACGAACCCCGUCGGCUCGCGCUUGGGAUCCCUCCUGAGAGCCUUUGAGCAGCAGCUCAUCGACUAUCAUCUGGAAGCGCGCGGAAUUGAGCGUGUCCCGCCACAGGAUCGCAUGAAGCGACUGUCGUGGAUGGAAUACUUGCAGGCUUUCUUGCUGUGGGUUUCGAUCAAUCUGGCCGCCAAUAAUAUUACGCUUGGAAUGCUGGGGCCUGCGGUCUAUGGGCUUAGCUUCUUGGACUCGUCGCUUUGUGCUGUUUUUGGGUCUUUCGUUGGUGCUGUUGUUGCUGCGUGGAUGGCGACUUGGGGACCUGUUUCGGGCAUUCGGACAAUGGCAUUCGGUCGAUACUCCAUGGGAUGGUGGCCUAGCAAAAUUAUUGUUCUCUUGAAUUUGAUCCAGAUGAUCGGGUACUGCUUGAUUGACUGUGUUGUCGGAGGACAGAUCUUGUCUGCUCUUACGCCGAAUGGCAUGUCCGUUGCUGUCGGUAUUGUCAUCAUUGCGAUUAUCAGCUGGGUUGUGGCAACCUUUGGCAUCCAAGUCUUCCACUACUAUGAACGAUAUGCUUUCCUUCCACAACUCAUCGUUUUCUGCAUUCUCUUCGGCGUCUCAUCAGCCAAGUUCGACUUGUCAACCGUCUCCACCGGCAACGCUCGAACAGUAGCCGGUAACAGGCUAUCAUUCUUUUCCAUCUGCCUUAGCGCAGCAAUCACCUACUCCCCCCUAUCAGCCGACUUUUUCGUCUACUACCCGGAACACACCUCCAGCCUCAAAAUCUUCACCCUAACCCUAGCAGGAAUCGUCCUCUCCUUCACCUUUGCCCUCAUCUCAGGAAUAGGCCUCGGCUCCGGCAUAACCGCCCACCCGGAGUACGCGACAGCCUACAACAACGGCCAAGGCGCCUUAAUCGUCGAAGCCUUCGGGCCCCUCCACGGCUUCGGCAAAUUCUGCUCCGUCAUCGUAGCCCUCGGCCUAAUCGCCAACACUGUCCCGCCAACAUACUCCUCGAGUGUGGAUUUCCAGAUCCUGGGCCGUUAUGCUGAGCGCGUUCCUCGCGUUAUCUGGAAUGCUGUUGGUGUUAUCAUUUACACUGUCUGUGCGCUUGCGGGACGCAGUUAUCUUUCUGAGAUCUUCACCAAUUUCCUGUCGUUGAUGGGGUACUGGGUUGCUAUUUGGUUUGCUGUCAUUUUGGAGGAGUUCCUUAUCUUCCGCUUCCGGAGUGGGUAUAACUGGGCUGCGUGGAAUGAUCCGAAGAAGCUUCCUAUUGGCUUUGCGGCGUUCGCUGCCUUUGUCGUUGGGUGGGUUGGAGCUGUUUUGUGUAUGGCUGAGGUUUGGUAUAUUGGGCCGAUUGCUAAGCUUGUAGGUGAUUAUGGUGCUGAUAUGGGUAAUUAUGUUGGAUUCACUUGGGCUUUGCUCGUUUAUCCUCCGCUGAGAUACCUGGAGCUGCGCUUUGUGGGCCGCUGA